ACAAGCAGCUGUUUGUCUGCUGUAGGUGUAUUUUUAUUUAAAGGGAUAAGCAAGCCUUGAGUCUCGAGCUAAUCCACUUUAAGGAGCACACAGGUGACAUCAUUUAGAGGACACACACACACACACUAGAAGCUAAUCAACAGUUGCAGAGUUACACCGUGCUUUCAAAAAGCAACGCCCGCAUCCCGGAAUGGAUUCUAUCCUGUCACUGGGCGCCCCCUUCAAACAUCUGAGGAGCACAUGCGUGUUGGACAAGAGUAGCCCCCCAAAAACAGGAGCUAAAGGCCGCAGGAGCAGCUUCACGCGCAGGACUAGCAUCAGCAGGAGGAGAAGUCUGCCCUGCAGCAGCCAAAAAGUCCCGGACUCUUGGCUGCGAGCGUAUCAGGCCGAACUGAAGCGAGAGAGGAAAAGACAGCAAGCUUUACUGGCUAAGAAGAACGCUGAAAGGUGCGUCAGAAAAACACACUUCCGGAGCCAUCAUUGCCUGGCAAGGAAGAACACCACGACUAGAAGAGCAGGAGCAACGAAAAAGGAUGAUUCUCUCUUUGGAGCCUUCCAGGGUCUCAGUCUGAAUGGAGUGCUGGGAGCCGUGAAUGGAACUCCUGCUUCUGGAGGCGGAGGAGAUCAGUGCAAAGUUAUGUGAGCACGAGAAGGACCUCCUUUUUGCACGUGGCGUAGUGUUCUUAUUUGAAAGAAAACCAGCCUCCUGAUUAAAACAAUUUGACGACGCCACACGAGGAGAUGGCUUUGAGACCAACUUUUAUUUUAUGUAUAAAAAAAAUGGAUCACCAACCGUGCGUGCUAACAUGAGGAAGAUGCACUACUUAAUGACAUGAGGCAGGUAUUUAGGAUGUUAAUCAUAAUUGGAAGGGAUACAGUCUGGAAAACAAGGUUUUAAAUUAAUCGAGUCCCAUUGUUCUAUCAUUCUCUUUGCUCCAUCUUUACUUUGGGGGGCUUUAAGAAAGACCUGUUCUUUUUCUCCUUGCUCUUUCCUUUAGCCUGGAAGUUCCUCCAACUGUCCACACGGCCAUCCCGCGUUUCCUGUAAAGUAAUUUUUUUUUUUUUUAACAGAAUGCACAAAUAACGACUAAAGGUGAUAAUACCUCAAAGUUUUUCUGCCAUUCCCUGUCUCGCUUUGCUUUCUCUGCCGUUUCAAUUUCUUCCUCUCUCGCUCUUUUCCUGAAGUACGGAAUCAGUUGUGAAAACGGAUGUUUUUUUGUUUAUAGAAUAAAACAAUUUGUCACUUA